AUGGGGAACAAAGACAUCAAGAUCCUAUGCUAUGGCGAUGAUGCUGUUCUGAUUGCAGAAAACGAAGAUGGCCUACAGAGAUUACUAUUCAAAUUCAACACAACGGCAAAAAGUUUAAAAAUGAAGAUAUCUGCAGCAAAAAUUAAAUGCAUGAUCACCUCAAAAACACCUAUCAGUUGCAAACUGGUUGUAGAUGAUGAAAUUAUACAACAAGAGAUGAAAUUUAAAUACUCAGGCCCAGAUAUAUCAGGAUCCGUUGAUGUCGGAGUAGAGGUAAGAAACCAAGCGGCAAAAGCAGCACGAACCUCAACUUACCUGAACGAUACAAUCUUCCGAAACAAAUAUAUCGUAAUCGAGAGCAAAUCCCGAAUCUACAAGACUGUCAUCCGACCUAUAUUAACAUACACAGCGGAAACCAAACCAGACACAUCGAACACAAAAAGAAUAUUAGAAACCACUCAAAAUAAAAUAGUGCGCAGCAUCGCGGGGAAAACACUUUUUGACAGGAGACAAAGAGAAGCGAGGAAAUUAGAAGAACAUGUAAGAUUGACAACGUGA